ACACAAAGCCCGUCAUUCUUAAACUUCGAAGUCCCUCCUUAUAAAACCCUCCCUAAAUCUCAUUCCUUUCCACUUUCAUCCAUCAAUAUUUCCCGUUAAACCGUCUCUUAAACUUCCACAAAACUCUCCUUUGCUCUCUCCUCGUUCUGUGAUUCCGAGCAGUGCUAUAAUGGCGGAAGAAUCCCCAUUUCCAUCUUCUGAAACCUCCCCUCUUUCCCACAAACGAAGAAUCACUGACAUGGUCUCUCCUCCUCUUGAUCAUGAAACCAUCAUUUCACAAAACCCAACUCCCACACUCUCACCCCUUCCUUCUUUUGAAGCGGAACCCUUGAUUCUUGAAGUGGGUGUUACUGAAAUCCAGAAAAAUGAUUCUUCAGCUGAACAAUCCCCCAAGAAGGCGAAGUUGGAUACUCUGAAUCGCUCUCUUUCUGACGAGGGUGGUAUAACUGAUGAAGUUCUUCAAGAUUCUGAGAAUUUUUCUGACAUGUUGCAACUGGGUACGGAUUCGAAGGAUGAACUGUUGAUUCUUGAUGGUAAAGAUGAAGUCCAUCAAUCUGAAUUGGAGAAAAUUGAUAAGCGUUUUGAAGAAAUUGAUGAAUUUCUUGGAAAUAAAAAUGAAAAUCCCACUCAGGUUUCAUCUGAAAAUUCAUCGGGAACUGCUGUAAGUGAGAUUGUGCAAUUGGAAUAUGAAAAAAAAUCCGAGAAUUUCAAUGGGUUUUUGCAGAAAUUUGUUAAGGGCGGAGACUCGGCAAGUUCAUUGAAGAUUGAGAUGAUUGAUGGAACACUGCUUCUGGGGGUUGGAGGAACUGAUGUUCCGAUGACAGAUGUUGAAUGGAAGCGAAAUCGAAAUGGGGGGAAGAAGGGUAAUCCAAGAAACAACACUGGUUGUGUUGCUGGGGAUUCAAAUAAGGGGAAGAGGAAGUCUGUGUACUCAAGGAAAGAUAUGGAGGAAAUGAGGUAUGUGAACUUUAAAGGCCAGAGGAAGUUUUGGAAUGAGAUUUACAAUGGAUUUUCUGCGACUGUGAAGAAGGAGUAUGUUGCAUUGGGUAGUUGUCAGCAUCAACAAGCUGGUGGCGGCAAGAAGAAUUGUAACAAUGACGGGUUUCUGGGCGCUUCUUGCUCAACUGUUCCAAACUUCAGUAACCGAGGAACUAUGGGAGAAUUUUGUUCAGGAAAUGUGAGUUGUGAUGCAGAAUAUGUUAGUUCCUCAAAUUUUACUUGUGAGGGUGACAAUAGUGGCAAGGAUGGUGAUGAUUUGAUAGGGGAGUGGAGUGAAGGUGAAGAGAGUGAUGAUGAAUAUGAGAGCAUGCAUAGACCUGCUUUUAAGGUUCAAGGUGAACCAGAUUUUGAAUCUGGGUCACCAGAAGAUGGAUUAGAAUACCUGAGGCGUGUCAGGUGGGAAGCAAAGCGAAUUCCAAAAGUCAAGGUUGCCAAGCUUAAUAUUAAAGUUAAGGAUCAGAGUGUUUACAUGCCCGGAAUUCCUGAUAUCGAGGAGUGCCCUUCACACCUUCUUCCGUUGAGGCCAUGGGAAGAUGAGUUCAUUGCUGAUUUUUCCGAGUUGAGGCUGGCUCUAUCUCGCCUUGAGAAUACCAGUGAUGCUGUUUCUGUCGACUCAGAAUCAAUCAUAUUUGCUCGUCCCGAACACAAGAGUCAGCCCUCACAAAAGUUAGCAUCACUCCAAUUAACAUCAGGUGGUCCAACAUUAUCUUCAGUCCUGGCAAUGGACCCAGUAACUAGAGUCGCACUGCUGAGAAGACGUAUAAGCUUGUUUGAGAAUGCAAGUGAUUUGUCAAAGGAUGAUUGUGCAUGGCUCUUUGCUCUUUGUGCAGUAGUUGAUACUCCCUUGGAUGCUGAUACUUGUGCAUCUCUCCGUUGUUUGCUUCGAAGUUGUGCUAAGUUCCGGGCAAGUAAACCUGAAGUUGAUGAUGAGGUCAUAAUGCUGAAUGUCUUGGCAACAAUAUCCGGCAGAUUUUUUAGGCAGUCAGAAAAUUAAUGUGCUAUGUUUAAUUAUUUUGAUCAGCUCAUUACUAAUUCUUAUAGUCCUAUGAUCAAUAUCAUUAAACCCAUGUUUUUAGGGAUAAUUUUGAGUAUAUUAGCACUACUUAUGUUGGUCUAAUUUAUGUUAGUUGAUUUUGCAUUCCAAUUUAUUUGUUUGGCGUGGUCAUGAUUUCCUAAGACAUCAGACUUACACUUGUUAAGUGAUGGAAACCAAAUGAGAAUCGAAUUUGACACAACUAUUGUUAAGGAUAUUUCGUUGAAAUGACUAUUAUUCUGGAUGAAGGAAGUAUAUUGAACAAAAAACUGUAUUGAGCAAAACCAUCAAACAGCACAAUUGAGGGUACUACAUCGUUGUCUCUUGUUACAACUACAAGUGACUUUGCUGUAAAAUUAUAUCUU